AUGCCAUUAAUAGAUUUUGAUUCCGGGGUCAAGCCGAAAAGAGCUCAAUGCAAAUUUCCCUGGGAAGAGAAUUUGCCUAAUAGGAGACAAGAUGCUGAGAGCAACGAAAGCGUAGAAAAUAGUUCACUUUUCCAAUACAAUGUUAAAAAUCCAAUGGAAAACUUUAAUGAAACUGGUUUUGGCGCAGAAUCCAAUCGGCAUAGAAGAGCGAUAGAUUAUAGAAGAUCAAGAAAUCAUAAACACUCGGAUUUUCCGAAAUCUAAAGUAUCUACCGGUAUUAAAUUUGCUUGCCCUCGAAGCGACAUUACGGAAUUUAGAAAUGCUUCGCCAUCUAAACUGAACCUAUUUAAUUUUAGUGAAGAGACGCACAGCAUAACGUCGGCUCCAAAUAGACCAACUACGCCAAACAGCGAACUACUUCAUGUCAAAAGAAACUCCGGAGAAAUGGUCGGGAAAACACCAUUAGCAAAACAGCGCUAUGAAAUGCCGGUGAGUGGUUUAAAACAUUUUUUUCAAUUACAAGCUUAUUUACAAACUUGGUUUCAGCAGGACAAUCAGUCUUCUUACACAGCUUGGAAACUAAGCAAACUUCAGCAAGAGCUUGAUAAGUUAUGUUUUCGAAUGGACAAAACAGAGGACCAGCUUUCUUUAGCUUUACGAUCGAUCGAAAAAAUUGGUGACUUCAUGCGGAAAGCCCUCUCAAAAUCCGAACUGAAAACGGAAUCAGAUACAUAA